CCCUCAGAUUGUACACAGCUUAUUUGCUCCCCUCAGUUCUGCUCUCUGCCCCAUCAACACCCCGCAUCAUGUCCGAAGCAGUUGCGAAUCCGGCAGCAGACCAAACGGUCGAUGUCCCUAAUGACGGGACUGGUAUCGUCAAGCUCGAUCCAUAUCUCGCACCCUUCAAAGACGGCCUCCGCAGUCGCUACGCAAAGGCUCAGGAAUGGAUCCAAACCAUUGACAAGACCGAGGGAGGCUUGGAGAAAUUCUCUAGAGGUUACGAACGAUUCGGGUUCAAUGUACUGGAUAACGGCGAUGUUGUGUACCGCGAAUGGGCGCCCAAUGCUCUGAAAGCAUAUCUCAUUGGCGAUUUCAACAACUGGGAUAGGGAAUCCCAUUCAAUGAAGAAGAACGCAUUUGGUGUUUUCGAGGUGGUAGUGCCUGGCAAAGAUGGCAAACCGGCCAUACCCCACGACUCCAAGAUAAAGGUGUCGUUUGUCGUCCCAAAUGACAGCGCUCGUCAAGAACGCCUACCCGCUUGGAUAACCCGCGUGACCCAGGACCUGAGCGUGUCGCCAGUCUACGAUGCUCGCUUCUGGAACCCACCAAAGGAGCAGAGAUACGUCUUCAAAAACAAGCGGCCGCCUAAACCGCAGAGCGUCCGUAUCUAUGAGGCGCAUGUGGGUAUAUCCUCACCAGAGCCGCGGGUUGCUACCUACAAGGAGUUCACUCGCAAUGUUCUCCCUCGCAUCAAAUAUCUAGGAUAUAAUGUCAUUCAAUUGAUGGCCAUCAUGGAGCACGCGUACUAUGCGAGCUUUGGUUAUCAAAUCAAUAGCUUUUUUGCGGCAAGCAGUCGCUACGGACUCCCGGACGACCUGAAGGAGCUGAUCGAUACUGCUCACGGUAUGGGUAUCACCGUGUUGCUCGACGUGGUGCACAGCCAUGCUUCCAAGAACGUCCUGGAUGGGCUCAACCAAUUCGACGGGAGCGAUCAUCACUACUUCCAUGCAGGUCCAAAAGGCCAGCACGAGCUGUGGGACAGCAGAUUGUUCAAUUACGGGCAUCACGAGGUGUUGCGGUUCCUGCUGAGCAAUCUUCGCUUUUGGAUGGAGGAGUACCAGUUUGACGGCUUCAGAUUUGAUGGCGUGACUAGCAUGAUCUAUACGCAUCAUGGCAUCGGAACUGGAUUCUCUGGCGGCUAUCAUGAAUAUUUCGGGCCCGCCGUCGAUGAAGAAGGCCUUGUGUAUCUCAUUCUAGCCAACGAGAUGUUGCACACGCUGUAUCCCAACGUCAUAACGAUUGCAGAGGAUGUCUCUGGCAUGCCCGGACUUUGCGUUCCAUUUGCCCUAGGUGGCAUUGGCUUCGACUACAGGCUGGCGAUGGCCAUUCCGGACUUGUACAUUAAGUGGCUGAAGGAGAAGCAGGACAUUGAUUGGGAUAUGGGUAAUCUCGUCUUCACUCUGACAAAUAGGCGGCAUGGGGAGAAGACCAUUGCGUAUGCUGAGAGUCACGAUCAAGCUCUCGUUGGUGACAAGACGCUCCUGUUCUGGCUUUGCGAUAAAGAGAUGUACACCAACAUGUCAGUGCUCUCCGAGUUAACUCCGGUCAUCGACAGAGGCCUCGCUUUGCACAAGAUGAUUCGCCUCAUCACACAUGGCCUCGGCGGAGAAGGGUACCUGAACUUUGAAGGAAACGAGUUCGGACACCCGGAAUGGCUGGACUUUCCUAGGGAAGGGAACAAUAACAGCUUCCACUACGCGCGCCGACAAUUCAACCUUGUUGACGACCACCUUCUGCGGUACAGAUUCCUCAAUGAUUUCGACAGCAAGAUGCAAUGGACUGAAGAGAAGUAUGGCUGGCUCCACUCACCCCAGGCCUAUGUCAGCUUGAAGCACGAGGGUGACAAGGUCAUUGUAUUCGAACGAGCGGGCCUUCUGUGGAUCUUCAACUGGCACCCAUCCAACAGCUAUACAGACUACCGCGUCGGGGUGGAACAGGAGGGCACCUACCGGAUCGUCCUUAGUACGGACAACAAGAGCUUUGGUGGGCAUGGAAACAUUGACGAAAGCACGCGCUUCUUCACGACCCCCUUCGCAUGGAACGACAGGAAGAAUUUCCUGCAGGUGUACAUCCCGAGCCGGACCGCCAUUCUUUCAACAGCCGCCUCAAAGUUACCUCCUUAUAAUGCUAUGAGUGGAGCUCUUUCAGAUGGAGGCCAACUCGGCUUCCAACGGUCGCUCCGGGCGGCUUCGCAGGCUCGCUUUGCUCAGCGCAGCUUCGCGCCCAUCAAGAAGUCCUUCGCCCCGGCCUUCGCUGCGAGAUACGCAUCCACGGACUCCUCUCGCGAUGGCAGGAUUCACCAGGUCAUUGGUGCCGUCGUCGAUGUCAAGUUCGACUCGGAGCAGCUCCCGCCCAUUCUCAAUGCCUUGGAGACGAAGAACGGUGACCAGAAGCUCGUCUUGGAAGUUGCGCAACAUCUGGGCGAGAACGUCGUCCGCUGCAUUGCCAUGGACGGUACCGAGGGUCUCGUUCGCGGUUCCAUUGCCACUGACACUGGCGCCCCCAUCAUGAUUCCCGUCGGCCCCGGAACGCUCGGUCGUAUCAUGAACGUCACUGGCGACCCCAUUGACGAGCGUGGCCCCAUCAAGCACACCAAGAAGGCCCCCAUUCACGCCGACCCUCCGGAGUUCACUGACCAGUCGACCACCGCCGAGGUCCUCGUCACUGGUAUCAAGGUCGUCGAUCUGUUGGCCCCCUAUGCCCGUGGUGGAAAGAUCGGUCUGUUCGGAGGUGCUGGUGUCGGCAAGACUGUGUUCAUUCAGGAGCUGAUUAACAACAUCGCCAAAGCCCACGGUGGUUUCUCCGUUUUCACUGGUGUCGGUGAGCGCACUCGUGAGGGUAACGAUCUGUAUCACGAAAUGCAGGAGACCUCCGUCAUUCAGCUCGAGGGUGAAUCCAAGGUCGCUCUCGUCUUCGGUCAGAUGAACGAGCCCCCCGGAGCUCGUGCGCGUGUUGCUCUUACUGGUCUUACUAUCGCCGAAUAUUUUAGGGACGAAGAGGGCCAGGAUGUGCUGCUGUUCAUUGACAAUAUUUUCCGCUUCACUCAGGCCGGUUCCGAGGUGUCUGCCUUGCUUGGUCGCAUUCCCUCAGCCGUCGGUUACCAGCCUACUCUCGCAGUAGACAUGGGUGCUAUGCAGGAGCGUAUCACCACGACCCAGAAGGGAUCCAUUACUUCCGUCCAGGCCGUCUACGUGCCCGCUGACGAUUUGACGGAUCCUGCCCCUGCCACCACCUUCGCCCAUUUGGACGCCACCACUGUCUUGUCCCGUGGUAUCUCCGAGUUGGGUAUCUAUCCUGCCGUCGAUCCCCUCGAUUCCAAGUCUCGCAUGCUGGAUCCCCGUAUUGUCGGCGAGGACCACUACCAGACCGCCACCCGUGUUCAGCAGAUGCUCCAGGAGUACAAGUCGCUCCAGGAUAUCAUUGCCAUUCUGGGUAUGGACGAACUUUCGGAAGCCGACAAGCUCACUGUCGAGCGUGCCCGCAAGCUCCAGAGGUUCCUGAGCCAGCCUUUCACUGUGGCUCAGGUCUUCACUGGUAUUGAGGGUAAGCUCGUCGACCUCAAGGACACCAUCCGGUCCUUCAAGGCCAUCAUGAACGGCGAGGGUGAUGACCUUCCUGAGGGUGCUUUCUACAUGGUGGGUGACUUUGAGUCGGCGAAGGCAAAGGGUGAGAAGAUUCUGGCGGAACUCGAGAAGGCAUAGAUGUGUGGGUAGAAAGCGGGAAUCAUUCGGCCAUAUGUGCCCAAGACGCUCGUCGGCAAAACUCCCAAACCUGUAUAAAAAGUUCAGUCUACCUAAUACCCCGAGCAUGCGGGGUUUCGAGGGAGGCUUCAUGCUGGCGGGUGAUUGGAGGGACAUGGCUUCUGUGUAAUUCUAUUUCCAGCUCGCAGGCAAAGAUCUCAUUUCCUUGUUCGACGUGUAGUCCUCUUACUCAGAGAGGUGUGUCUGUGUUUAUUUGUCAUGUGCACCAGAUUGUUCGAUGUUUUGCGGACAGUCACGACUCGAAGCUUCAACACUGCCUCUUGACGUAGACAAAGGGAACAACGUCAUGCGAUUCGUCCGUAGUUUGAAGAACCCGUUCAGCGCAAUCCAAUUGACACAACUUCAUAAAGCCCUACGUAGAUUUUUGCAUGAGAG